AUGGCUACAGAGACACAGCCCAAGGCUCAAUGGCCAGCUGAAGCUGAGCUGCCAGAGUAUACACUCAAGGAUGUGGCAGCGCACAACACGAAGAAUGACACAUGGAUCGUCAUCCACGGACAAGUGUUUGAUAUUACGGAAUAUCUGCAAGAUCAUCCAGGCGGUGCAGAGGUGUUGAUCGAGACUGCGGGUACAGAUGCUACCGAAGCCUAUGAGGAUGUUGGCCAUUCCGAGGAUGCGCGUGAGAUUAUGCAGCCCUAUCUCGUGGGUGUCCUCAAGAAUGCCCAGCAGUAUGUCCGUCCACAGGCUGUUCGGGUGGUAUCACAGAAGGAGCCAGAGAAGAAGUCCUCCAGAAGCAGCCUUAGUCUGGUCACCGCCUUAGCUGUGAUGCUGCCAGUCCUUUAUGUCUGCAGCCGGGAAAAGCAACGCAUCAGCGCCCUCCCCCAGCUACUUCCUCACCAGUUGAAGACUUUCCGUCUUCCUCGGGGUGGCUUCGUGAAUGGAUUCCUUGCAGCAAGCACCAUCAGUGGAGUGAUCGGGAUCCUAGUCGCGCGACAAGCCAGCCGAUUCACCAAAAUCGAUGAGGGCUUCAUGCGCUAUCCUCCACGCAUAAAGGCCAAGAAGUUCAUUCGCGCUGAUCCCCACUUGACUCGUGGAUUCCUCGAACCGCAGCAAUACCAAAGUCUCCCUCUCGUGAAAAAGGACCAGUUGUCCAUAAACGUCUACCGCUUCGUCUUCGCUCUUCCCAAUCCCAAUGGCGUCCUCGGUCUCCCCAUCGGCCAACACGUCGCCAUCAAGGCAAUGAUCGACGGCAACACUGUGAUACGCUCAUACACCCCAACCUCCAACAACCUCGACCGCGGCCAGCUCGAACUAGUAGUGAAAUGCUAUCCCGAAGGUCUCAUCAGCCAAUACCUCGCCGGUCUAUCAGUGGGCGACGAAGUGGAGUUCCGUGGACCCAAGGGCGCCUUCCGCUACCACAGCGGACUCUGCCGCAAGAUAGGCAUGGUGGCGGGCGGCACAGGAAUCACCCCAAUGUACCAGGUGAUCCGUGCGAUCUGUGAAAACGACACCGACACAACGGAGAUUAGUCUGAUCUACGCAAACCGCAGCGAAGCGGACAUUCUCCUCCGCGAAGAGCUGGAGACCUUUGCCCGUCGAUACCCGCAGAACCUCAAAAUCUGGUACAUGCUAGACACCGCACCAGAGAACUGGACAUACGGAACGGGACAUGUGGAUAGCAGCGUCCUGGAGGCGCACCUCCCACCACAAUCACCCGAGACGAAGAUUCUGUUAUGUGGGCCUCCAGGGAUGAUAACGGCAACCAAGAAAAACUUGGCAGGACUCGGGUUCACCAAACCAGGCCCAGUAUCGAAGAUGAGCGACGAGGUUUUUUGCUUCUAG